CUCGCUCUUUGAUCUGUCACGUUUUUCCAGUACAUUCCCGUUGCCGCUGUAUUUACAAGAAUUGCAGCUGAUAUUUCUGAUGUAAUACCGUGGUUUUGUGGUUGAAAGACCAAGUUUUCGUUUCUUUUGAGAAAUUACAAUUAGCCCACCAAAAAUGAUGCAGAUACUUCGAAACCCAACGCAAGCCUGCUUUAAACAAAUAGCACGAUUCGUUCGACCGGCAUCCUGUAUGGCUGGCACGGUCGAGCAUAGAACAUACAGUUCGUCGGUGUGUGCUUCUCGCGCCUCAUUGAUGCGAACCAACCUAAACGGACUCAAAAUUUCAACACCUCAGCGCUGGAUUGUGGGAUCUAGACAGUUCUGCAGCAAAAAUGAUUCCAGCUCGGAUGAUCCCGUUGAGCCUCCUGCAGAAUCGGUGAACUAUACGAAUCAACUUCCCGCGACCGUCGCUAUACCUGAAGUGUGGCCACACCUGCCCGUAAUAGCAACGAAACGAAAUCCCGUUUUUCCACGGUUUAUGAAAAUUCUAGAAGUUACUAAUCCUAUGUUGAUCGAUCUGAUUCGAAGGAAAGUGAAAUUAAACCAACCGUAUGUAGGCAUUUUCUUGAAAAGAGACGAUGAUAACCCGAACGAAGUAAUGGAAACUACAAAAGAUGUUUACGAAGUAGGAUCAUUCGCACAAAUCCAGGAAAUGCAAGACCUGGGAGACCGCCUGAGGUUGGUAGUAACGGCACAUCGACGUAUAAAAAUUGUUGGUCAGCUGUACGAGGAUCUUGAUGCACCCACUGGUGGCAAGGAAAUGACAAUAAAAUAUCCGUACUUUAACACGCAAAUCGCCGUCUCGGUAGACGAACCGGAUGCGGAAAAGCGUCGCCGAAAGCACAAACUACGUACUAAGCAAAUGCGCAAUUCCAACAACGACCACACGGCCGACGGAGUUCCGCUGGAAGAUGCUCCCAAGAGACGAUUGCUGAAAGACGGGGAACAGCAACCGCUGCUGAUGGUGGAAGUGGAAAACGUAAAGCACGAAAGCUUCAAAAACACGGAAGAAGUGAAGGCGCUUACGCAGGAAGUGAUAAAGACAAUCCGGGACAUCAUAACCAUGAAUCCAUUAUACCGUGAAAGUCUACAGCAGAUGCUGCAUCAAAACCAGCGUGUCGUGGACAAUCCCGUAUAUCUGUGUGAUUUAGGUGCAUCUUUAUCGGCCGCCGAACCAGCUGAAUUGCAGGAAAUAUUGGAAGAGAUGGACAUACCGAAGCGUUUAAUGCUUUCGUUGUCGCUGUUGAAAAAGGAAUUGGAACUUUCGAAACUGCAGGCAAAGAUUGGGCGUGAAGUGGAGGAAAAAGUGAAACAGCAACAUCGUAAGUAUAUACUGCAAGAACAGCUAAAAGUAAUUAAGAAGGAGCUGGGAAUCGAAAAGGAUGAUAAGGAUGCGAUUGGAGAAAAGUAUCGCGAACGAAUCAAGGACAAGGUGGUCCCAAAAGCUGUAGCGGAUGUGAUUGAGGAAGAGCUUACCAAGUUAAACUUCCUAGAAAGUCACAGUUCUGAGUUUAACGUGACGAGAAACUAUUUGGACUGGUUAACCACACUUCCGUGGGGUGUGAUGAGUGAAGAAAACUUGGACAUUGAUCAAGCGAGCAAAAUUUUGGACGAAGACCACUAUGGCAUGGACGACAUCAAGAAGCGCAUUUUGGAGUUUAUAGCCGUCAGUCAGCUGAAGGGCACAACUCAGGGCAAAAUUCUCUGUUUCCACGGACCGCCCGGAGUGGGAAAAACCAGCAUAGCUCGUUCAAUCGCGAAAGCGCUCAACAGAGAAUACUUCCGGUUCAGUGUGGGUGGAAUGACGGACGUGGCAGAAAUCAAAGGUCAUCGACGGACGUACGUUGGUGCAAUGCCGGGCAAGUUGAUACAGUGCUUGAAAAAGACCAAGACUGAAAAUCCUCUUGUUUUGAUCGAUGAAGUUGAUAAGAUUGGAAGAGGCUAUCAAGGCGAUCCCAGCUCAGCGCUAUUAGAGUUGCUUGAUCCGGAGCAGAAUGUAAAUUUCCUUGACCAUUAUCUGGAUGUACCAGUGGAUCUUUCCAAGGUUUUGUUCAUCUGCACGGCGAAUGUGAUCGACACCAUUCCCGAACCAUUGCGUGAUCGUAUGGAAAUGAUUGACAUGUCGGGCUAUGUGGCGGAAGAGAAGGUGGCUAUAGCUAAACAGUACCUCAUUCCUCAAGCCAAACGUGACAGCGGGGUAGAGGACAAACACAUCGCAAUCACGGACGAUGCGUUGAAUGCACUCAUCAAGAGCUACUGUCGCGAAUCGGGUGUACGCAAUUUACAGAAACAGAUCGAAAAGAUUGUUCGAAAGGUGGCAUUCAAGGUGGUUCGGAAGGAGGCCGACUUCACGGAGGUGUCGGGUGGGAAUCUCAGCGAUUUGUUGGGCAAACCAAUAUUUACCCACGAUCGCAUGUACGAUACAACUCCACCUGGUGUGGUAAUGGGACUUGCGUGGACGGCAAUGGGUGGCUCAGCCUUGUACAUUGAAACGGCUAAGCGUAAAUUGUUAGAGGUGUCGGACACUGGUGACGCAAAGCACACCCCAGGUGAUGGAUCACUGGAACUUACGGGCCAUUUGGGUGAUGUGAUGAAGGAAUCGGCACGGAUAUCGCUUACUGUGGCAAGGAACUUUAUCAAACAAAAUGAUCCCAAGAAUAAUUUCUUGGAAUCGAGUCACAUACACCUGCACGUUCCGGAAGGUGCGACGCCAAAGGAUGGACCCAGUGCGGGUGUUACGAUCGUGACCGCUUUGCUAUCUCUUGCCAAGGGUCAACCGAUUCGACAGAACGUGGCAAUGACCGGGGAGGUGUCCCUGAUGGGCAAAGUGUUACCCGUUGGAGGAAUCAAAGAAAAAACGAUAGCAGCCAAACGAAGUGGAGUCACCUGCAUCAUUCUGCCGGAGGAGAAUAAGAAAGACUUUACCGAUUUGCCCAAGUUCAUUACGGAAGGGCUAGAAGUACAUUUUGCCAGCACCUACGCCGAUGUUUACCGUAUUGUGUUCCCACAGGCUUAGACUUAAUAUGCGACUGUUAAAGUGUUAUCGAUAGG